AUGGAAGGCCAACUGGAUUGCAGUGAGGACUUCAUGAAAUAUCUUGGCUCAACACGUUUCUCUACAUACGAAGCUUUUAAUUCGAGCCUAGAGGCCUUUCAGAAGGCAGCGUACUUUACGGUCGGUUCCCGUAACUCACAACUGGGUGUUGUUAAGUACUACAUGGUGCACAACCACGAAGCCUAUCCAGAGGUAGAAUCAGUUGGUGUUGUCCCGGAACUUUGUACUGCUGAUGAUGAUAACAAUGCCAGUGUUGACUGCACCGCCGCCUUUUUGGAAACAUUCAAGGAGAAAUUAUUUGGCAGUUUUGCUGAGUUGCAAGCCAAAAUGGAUGAGUUUCAGCGUAUAACUGGGUCUCUGUAUGGAAAGCGAAACACCAAACGGUUUCCUCCUGAAUCGCCUUACUCAACCACAUUAGUUUAUAAAUCUUUCACGUAUGAGUGCUAUCACUAUGGUACGCACAACGGCGAUUCAACCAUGCAAAGAGUUCGGAGGUCAGCGAAAAUCGGUUGUCGGUCAAGAAUUCACGUAAGCUGCUACCGAAACAAACUAAAAAUUGUUCGAUUCGACGUCAAGCAUAAUCACGAUGUGGCCCCCGAGCGCGCCAAAUCAUACCCCCGGAACCGUCGUUUAACUCAGUCCCAACUAGCCGUCGUGGAGGGUAUGUUUCAAACCAACCAAGACAGUCAUGCUAUAAAGGAUUUCAUUGAAAAUACUUUUAACACCACCUGCACAAUGUCUGAUGUACGCAAUAUAAAAGCUAGGCUGAAAGCCUCCGUUCAGAGCGCGGUAGAAUCAAUUGAUGAAGACGAUGGUCUACCAAAUUUGCCAUCGUUCUCCUCGUCCAGGGGCGCAACCCUAGAUGGCAUGAUAACCCAAUUGACCCCUCAUUUAGAGCAUAUUCAGGAUUUAUUGCUUUCGUCGCCAAAUCGCGAGGCUUUUGAUUCCCGCAUCAGGUGUCUAAGCAGGCUCAUUGAAAUUUGGCAGGAGGGCAAAGAAGCCAUGGUUUUAGUACCCCAGAGACAUGUAAUUAUGAACGUGGGACACGAGAGGUCGUUGCCUGGUGUUCCCCGCCUCCACUUAGUCCGAAUGCCGCCGCCAAAGCCCUCUCCCAACCGUGAUGAUGUGUGCUACCGCCAGUCAUCACCUGAAAAUUUUCUUUCUUGA